GGGCCAGUGUUGACGUCAUUGUCGAUAAUGCUGUUGUGGAUACCGGUAGGCCGAAAAGGCAUAUUAUGGCUGGUAGUGCAAUUAAGUCACCUUUCAAGCGGCGUGAGAUCGAUGUCGUUAAAGAACUUGACGGGAAAGAGAGAAUGGUGGUUAACUGGCUUCUCAAGAAUCAGAAUGCUGACGA